AUGGACAAGAUCAAAAGUAUAUUGAGCCGUAGUGGACAUGCCAUCGAAAACGAGCUUGGGCAAGAGCACGCCAACCACGACUUGAAUGAAAAAGCAGCUGAUAUUGUAUCCCAACAAAUCGUUAAUGACGAUUUUGAAGCCGAUAGGAAAGUUCCCGAUUUGGAUCUAGUGGUGUCCAAAUCACAAGAGUUUGAUCCCGUUACAUCGCGUUUGGUUGAUGAAAUCAUUGGUGAUGAUUAUGCUGGUGUUCAUGUUGAAGAUGACUCACCUUAUCCUGAAGUUAGAGCUGCAGUCCCUAGCUCAGAUGAUUACGAUAUGCCACAAGCUACCAUCAGAGGUUGGACUAUAGGAUUGAUCUUGACAACUAUUGGAUCUGCCAUGAAUAUGUACUUUUCCCUUCACUCGCCAACAAUCACUAUUACUACCUUGGUCACUUCUAUUUUGGCUUACCCCAUUGGAAGAUUCUGGGCUUGGUGUGUACCAAAAAAUUGGAAGAUAUUUGGUCUUCCUUUAAACCCUGGCCCUUUUAAUAUUAAAGAACACGCAGUGAUUACUAUCAUGGCAAAUGCUUCCUUCAACAGUGGUCCCGCUUAUUCCACUGACAUCUUGGUAUCUAUGAAUAAGUUUUACAAUAUCGACUUUGGUAUUGGGUUUGCUCUUGUUUGUACCCUUGCCACUAAUAUGAUUGGGUUUUCAAUGGGUGGGUUGAUUAGGCGAGCUGUUGUUGACAGUCCAUCGGCUAUUUGGCCCCAAAACUUGGUUACAAGUACUUUUUUAACCAACAUGCACAUUAAUGAAAAUCAUCCAGCUAAUGGUUGGAAGAUAUCUCGUCUUGCAUUUUUCUUGACUGUGUUUACCCUGGGGUUCUUCUACUACUGGUUCCCCGGUUACAUCUUUACUGCAUUGUCCAACUUCUCAUGGAUCACUUGGAUUAGACCAAAUAAUGUCACUAUUAAUCAAAUAUUUGGAUCAAGUUCAGGUUUGGGAAUGUUUCCUAACUCCUUUUCAUUAGAUUGGAAUCAAAUUGCUGGUUAUAUCGGUUCACCAUUGAUUCCACCCGCUAGUACUAUUGGUACGAUUUUCUUUUCAAUGGUGAUCAUUUUCUGGGUUAUUGUUCCUGCCAUUUCAUUUACCAACACAUGGUAUGGUGAUUACGUGCCAAUCUCAUCGUCUGGAUCUUUUGAUAGAAAACAACAGACAUACCAGGUCAGUAAAAUCGUUGACUCAAAAACAUUGACAUUUAAAAAAGACGAAUAUGAAAAGUACUCACCAUUGUUUUUAUCAACCACAUUUGCCAUCUCCUACGGUUUAUCUUUUGCUUCCAUUUUGGCAACAAUAAUCCACACCGUUUUAUUCCACGGACAAGAGAUUAUUGAUCAGUUCAAACUUAAAGAGAAGCCAGAUGUUCACAAUAGGUUGAUGGCCCGUUACAAGAGAGUUCCAGAAUGGUGGUUUCUACUUUCAUUCUUGGUCUUUUUCGGAAUGUCAAUCGCUACGGUUAGAGCUUGGGAAACGGAAAUGCCUGUUUGGGCUUUGAUUGUAGCAAUUCUCAUUGCUAUAGUCUUCUUGCUUCCGGUUUCUGUUAUCUACGCAAGAACCAACAUUAGUGUUGGUUUGAAUGUUGUUACUGAAUUCAUUGUCGGUUAUAUGCUUCCAGGUAAGCCAAUUGCCAUGAUGUUUUUCAAAACUUUUGGUUACAUCACCAACAAUCAAGCAGUCACUUUUGCUCAGGACAUGAAAUUGGGUCACUACAUGAAAAUCUCUCCAUACAACAUGUUCUUUUCUCAAUUCACGGCUGCUAUCUGGUCCUGUUUUGUUCAAAUUGGUGUUAUGAGAUGGGCCUACGGUGCAAUCGAUGGGUUAUGUGAAGCUGACCAGCCAUCCAAGUUCACCUGUCCCGGAGCUAAGGUUUUUUUCAAUGCCUCAAUUAUUUGGGGAGUCAUUGGUCCACAACGUCAAUUCUCCCACGGUCAAUUGUACUACGGAACAUUGUUUUUCUUCAUCAUCGGUGCUGUUCUCCCCAUUAUCAAUUGGUUGAUCUUGCGUAAAUACCCAAACAGCGUCGUUAAAUACUUGCACUGGCCCGUGUUUUUCUCCGGUACCGGAUUAAUCCCACCAGCAACUCCAUUCAACUAUACGUCAUACUGUUUUGUUGGAUUACUUUUUGGUUGGUGUAUCAAAAGAAAGUUUUUCCACUGGUGGACCAAGUACAAUUAUUCCUUGUCUGCUGGAUUGGAUGUCGGCUUGGCCUGGAGCCUUUUGAUUAUUUCGUUGGCCAUGGGUUUGACACAAACUGAUUUCCCAAGCUGGUGGGGAAACGAUGUCGUUAAUGGUACGCUUGACACUGGUGUUACGCAGAAUAUUAGAAAGUUGUUGAAAGAUGGAGAGACCUUCGGACCAUCUACUUGGUAA